CCCCCCCCCCAACCGGAAAAAGAAGAAAAGAAAAAAGAAAAAAGAAAAUGCAUUCAGCAAAUCACUGGGGAGGAUCGUUUGAGAUUUACAAUGGAGCUGCAGAAUCAACAACCGACUAUGAGAAGAGUCGUAACAUGGAGAGGGACAAGGCAGCCUUGCAUCCUCAACGCCAUCAUCUAGACGAGACACAACAGAGCUGGUUACUGUACCGACAAGAGACCAAGAAAAAAAAGUACGUCGACUUCGGUUGCAUAGCUUGUAGCCACAGAGCCUUGAAGUGGACUCUUUAUGCAUUUGUUUUUGCUGUUCUUGUCAUUCUACUCCCUACCGUCCUCGCCAAGACUCUGCCAAAGCACAGGUCGAAGCCUUCUCCUCCUGACAAUUACACUCUCGCACUCCACAAGGCUCUCCUCUUCUUCAAUGCCCAGAAAUCUGGUAAAUUGCCCAAGAACAAUGGAAUACCAUGGAGAGAAGAUUCAGGGCUACAAGAUGGAAAUGGUUCUGAUUUUUCUAAAUUAGGUCUUGUUGGAGGAUACUAUGAUGCUGGGGAUAACACCAAGUUUCAUUUUCCCAUGGCAUUUGCCAUGACAAUGUUGAGCUGGAGCGUCAUUGAAUACAGUCAGAAAUAUGAGGCCAUUGACGAGUACAGGCAUACCAGAGAUUUAAUCAAGUGGGGAACUGAUUACUUGCUAUUAACCUUCAACUCCAGUGCCAGCAAAAUUGACAAGAUCUAUUGCCAGGUUGGUGGAUCUCAAAAUGGCUCCAGACAGCCAGAUGAUCAUUACUGCUGGCAGAGACCUGAAGAUAUGGACUAUCCGAGGCCUUCCCGUUCUGUAAAUGCAGGCUCUGACCUUGCAGGAGAGAUGGCAGCGGCCCUCGCUGCAGCGUCUAUAGUAUUCCGAGACGACGACGUCUAUUCAAAAAAGCUUGUAAGAGGUGCAGAGACAGUAUAUGCCUUUGCCAGGGAUCUUGGAAAACGGCAACCAUAUUCUCGUGGGAAACCUUACGUUGAACCUUUCUACAACUCCACUGGAUACUAUGACGAGUUCAUCUGGGGCGCUACUUGGUUGUACUAUGCCACUGGAAAUGUUAACUACAUUAGAUGGGCAACCGAACCAGGCUUCUCGAAGCACUCCAAGGCACUUUACAGGAUUUCUGACUUGAGUGUGCUGAGUUGGGACAACAAGUUACCAGCAGCUAUGCUGCUGUUAACAAGGUGCAGGAUAUUCUUGAAUCCAGGAUAUCCAUAUGAGGAGAUGUUGCAUAUGUAUCACAACAAGACAGAACUUAACAUGUGUUCUUAUCUCCAACAGUUCAAUGUAUUCAACUGGACUGAAGGGGGGGUGAUCCAACUGAGCAGUGGAAGGCCACAGCCUCUUCAGUAUGUGGCUAAUACUGCCUUUUUAGCAUCACUCUUUGUCGAUUAUCUGAAUGCCUCUAGAGUUCCAGGAUUCCAGUGUGGUUCCAAAUUUAUUCCACUGGAUGUCCUUCGGAGCUUCGCCACCUCACAGAUCAACUACAUCCUAGGUGAUAACCCCAUGAAAAUGAGCUAUGUGGUGGGGUAUGGCACCAAGUUCCCCAGACAUGUUCAUCACCGUGGGGCAUCAAUACCCAAUGACAAGAGAACGUAUUCAUGCACAGGCGGAUGGAAGUGGCGUGACAGCCCCAAACCCAAUCCUAACAACAUUACAGGAGCCAUGGUCGGAGGGCCUGAUAGGUAUGACCGGUUCCGUGAUGUUCGUAAAAAUUACAACUUUACCGAGCCAACUUUAGCUGGAAAUGCAGGCCUGGUUGCUGCGCUUUCAUCCUUGACAAGCAGUGGUGGAGUUGGCAUCGACAAAAAUAGAAUGUUUUCAGCAGUUCCACCUCUCUACCCUCCAAGUCCUCCACCUCCUCCAGCUUGGAAGCCUUGAGCUGCUAAAUUUUGUUAUCUCCAACAGCUAGAGCUUUGUUUAUCAUACUCCUGCUCCUAAAGUUUCGUUUUCGAGCUCUAGUUUAUACACCAUUGUACACUCGAUAUGUCCAUUACUGUGCAACAUCUGGAUCUUCAUGAUACACAGUACACUCUUCUAAACAAACUGUUGCUUUGCUGAACUAUCAAUGCAAAUGUUUCUGGGAAAGUGAUUAAACU